AUGAAAAGAAAAUAUAUUAGAAAUUUUUAGGAUUUCUUUGCUUAAAAUAGCGAAAAAAGAAACUGGGGAAAUACCUUUAAAAAUCUUAAGGAAAAAGGCUAUCAAGGUAUAGAAAUACCAGUUUAAUUUUCAAUAGAAAGAAAUCAACUUGAUCCUUUCAAAACUAAAAAUAGACAUGGAUUUGAUUAUGUUGCAGAAAUUUAUACUUGUGGUUAUCCUAUUUAUUCAAGUGACAUCAAUGCACACCUAGAUUCUUUCAAAAAAGGAAUAGACACUGCUUUAAAAAUUAAUCCAAGUGUUAUAAAUGUGCAUUCUGGGCGCGAUUGUUGGACAAUAGAUUAAACAUUAGAAUUUUUUACUAAAGUUUAGUAGUUUUAAGAAUAAUUAGAUGUUCCUAUAAAUCAUGAAACUUGCAGACAAAGAUCUCUUUAUAAUCCGUAUAUUACUAAGCUAGUAGUUUAGAAUUGUCCAAAUAUUUAUUUAAAUCUUGAUUUAUCACAUUGGGUUUUAAUAGGUGAAAGGCUGUACGAUAGAGAAAAGGAUGUAGAAUUCUUUGAAGCAUUCAAUACUAUUAAAUAAAAUACUAGACAAGUAAAUGCAAGAAUAGGUUCUGUUAAUCAAAUAUAAGUAAUAGAUCCAGGAUAUGAUGAUGAAAUUUUAAAAUGGUAUGAUUAAAUGUGGAAAGAAAUUACAUAAGCUUAAGAAAUAAAAGGAUAAAAUAGUUUUUACUUUUCUUGUAAAUUUGGUCCAGAGCCAUAUUAAAUUAAUUAUCUAAAUAGAAAAAAAUAGGCAGCAAAAGAUAUAAUAAAAAGUAAUGAUUUUAUGCUUGCACAUCUAAUGCAAAAUCAUAAAUGA